CAUUUAGCUGCUGUCGGAGCGCGCGGCCCGGCCACGCUCACAACUUUAUGUUGUUUUUAUGGGGGGGGUCCAGAGCCGGAACAGAGGCGCAGCUCCCACAGGUCGCUCGUGGAUGUGUCCGCGCGGGUUCUGUCUGAGCGGGUUCCGAGCCUGACGGCUGAAUGUACAGCAUCAUGAUGGAGACGGACCUGCACCCCCCCGCGGGGUCCCACAGCACCCCGGGGGGACCCGCGGGAGGAGGAGGCAAGGCCCCCCAGGAGCGGAUCAAGAGGCCCAUGAACGCCUUCAUGGUGUGGUCCCGGGGCCAGCGGCGGAAGAUGGCCCAGGAGAACCCCAAGAUGCACAACUCGGAGAUCAGCAAGCGGCUGGGCGCGCAGUGGAAGGAGAUGACGGAAGCCGAGAAGAGACCUUUCAUCGACGAGGCCAAGCGGCUGCGCGCCAUGCACAUGAAGGAGCACCCGGACUACAAGUACCGGCCCCGCCGGAAGACCAAGACCCUGCUCAAGAAGGACAAGUACUCCGUGGGGGGCCAAAGGCUGGACGGCCCGGGAGGGGGGCCGCACGCGGGCUACGCCGCGCACGUGAACGGCUGGGCGAACGGCUCGUACCCGGGCCAGGUGGCCGCCGCGGCGCACGCCAUGAUGCACGAGGCGCAGCUGUACACGCACCACCACCCGCAGCACGCGCACAGGUACGACAUGGGGGGGCUGCCCUACAACUCGCAGAGCUACAUGAGCGCGUCCCCCCCGGGCUGGUACCCCCACCACAGCCCCGGCCUCUCCCCGGGGCCGCUGGUCAAGGCGGAGCCGAGCGUGAGCCCGCCGGUGGCGCGCGCGCAGCCGCCCCCCUGCCCCGCGGGCGACCUGCGGGACAUGAUCAGCAUGUACCUGCCGGCGGGGGAGGCGGCCCCCGGGGACAGACUGCACGUCCUGCACCCGCAGCACUACCAGGGGGGGCCGGCCCCGGGGAACGGGACGGUGCCGCUCACGCACAUCUGACCCAAAAACUCUGGACCACUUUUGAAGGGACUUGGAUCAGCGCACCGAGGAGGCUGCGGGUCGUUGCACGCGCGCUCCGUGCCAAGUUCUGACCCGGUUUAAGUGCGAGCCGGGUCGGUUCCGAUGCUUGUGAUGUGAGUCGGUGUUUGUUGUCAAAUUGUGAAUAAAUCUGG